UUCCAAGGUCACGUGCAUUGUCCGUGACUAGAAACCCUAGCUUGCGGCUUAGGGGUUUUAAAACCAGAGCGAUGGGCGUUUUCUAGGGUUUUAGAGAAACCUCCGAGCUCCAUUUCCCUCUCUGAACCGAUUUUACCCGAAAAAUAUGGGUUUCUGGGGAAUUGAAGUGAAACCGGGCAAACCGUACCCUUACCACUCGGACAAUGUGCAAGGAAAGCUUCACAUAACUCAGGCAACAUUAGGCCUUGGCUCUUCAACAGAGAGGUGCAUACUUCAGUGUUUUGUAGGACACAAGAAUCCAGUUUUCUUGUGUUCUUUGUUACCGGAUAAGAAUGAGUCAUGCCCUCUAAAUCUUGAAUUUGAGAAUGAUGAUUUAUUUGCCUUCUCGGUGAUUGGCCCCCGUAGCAUCCAUCUCUCUGGUUAUUUUGAGGCUGAUGAUGGAUAUGCCAUUCAAGAUCACUACGAAUCUGAUUCUUCUGGUGAGGAUAUUGGUGAAACACAGUCCGAGGAUUCAUCUGACUUUGAUUCUGAAGAUGACUAUGAGGAAGACUUCAUUGACAACAGUGAUCUUGAGAUGUACUCACCUUCACAUAUGCCAAAUAGUGGAGUUGUAAUUGAGGAAAUAGUGGACGAUGAAAAGCCUACAAAUGGAAAUGUUCAGCUAAAACGAAAAAAGAAGAAUCAAUCAAGUGACUCUGAGAACCAUAGAGAAUCUCAACAACAAAUUAUUGUCCAGAGUAGUGUUGUAUCUGUUUUGGAAAGUGAAGAUGAUGAUGGUUUUCCAGUUUCUGCCGCACAUAAAAGCAAUGCUAAUAUUCAGAAGCCCGAGACAGAAGCAGAGAUUACUGAAAAGAAAAUAACUGAGAAAACCAAGAAGAAGACGAAAGCAAAUGAUGGUGAUCAUGCUGCUGGCUUAAAAAGAAAGGUUGAAAGCGAUGACCAAGAUGAUCAUACAGAAAGGCAAAAGAGGAAAAACAAGAAGAAGGGGAAAGAACAGGCUAAAGAGGGAAAGGCUCUGUUAUCUGGUAAGGAAACUGAGAUGAAUAUUCCUACUGAGGAUGAAAAGCGGCCGGAGGAGUUGAAGAGGAGCCCCAACCUGAACCAAGUUUCUCCCGUUGGGAAUGACCAUGAUCAGAAGCUGUCAAAUGAGAAGGGCCCUGAUCUUGAUGUGGACCUUGUUCCUGGAAAAAGUUCAGCAGAGAAGAAAAAGAAGAAAAAGAAGAAGAAAACUCAGGAGAGUGAAGUUAAAACUAAUGUGCAUCAAACCAUUUCAGCAGUGGGAAAUCAGGAGUUAGAUGAAAAGCAAGGCAAAGACAAGUCAUCUCAAGUGAGAACAUUUCCAAAUGGGUUGGUUAUCGAGGAGCUAGCAAUGGGCAAACCAGAUGGCAAAAGAGCUUCCCCUGGAAAACAGGUCAGUGUCCAUUAUAUUGGCAAGCUAAAAAAUAAUGGAAAAAUUUUUGAUUCGAAUGUGGGAAGGGCACCAUUUAAGUUCCGCCUAGGUAUAGGACAAGUUAUAAAGGGGUGGGAUGUUGGGGUUAAUGGCAUGCGUAUUGGGGACAAAAGAAGACUCACAAUUCCGCCAUCCAUGGGCUAUGGAUCUGAACGGGCUGGGAAGAUCCCCCCAAAUUCAUGGCUCGUGUUUGAUGUAGAGUUGGUCGAUGUUCGUUGAUCACAGCGCUUUCAUGUUUUUCCUUAGUUUUUGGAGGUUUUCACUUGCUGCAAAAAGAUGUGAAGAAGUGUUUCAUAGUAAAUGAUUGGGUCUUUGAGAAAAAAGGAAAAACUUUGUCCAGGAUUGUAAAUUUUGGAUCCAUCGGCUCUCAAAUGGGGGAACUGUUUGAGAAAAAAUUUUGUGAAAUUUCAAGUGUUUUGAAGAAUUUAGUUACUUAUAGUGAGUUAUGAAGGUUAAUAUUUCCUAAA